UGUUGUAUUGUGUGUGUGUUUGGAAACAUCGUGUUGUCUGGAGUAUCUGCAGUUUGUGUUUUGGUGUGCGUUCUUCCCCCUCCCCCCCAGCACUAAUGGCCUAUCUCGGUGUUAAAUCUGUUUGAGGCUGAAAUGGAGCAUACAGGCAGAGUCACAAAAUCAUUUACGUUGGGAGGGACCUCUUGAGAUCAUCAAAUAGGUCUGAAUGGGCUUUUGGAGUUGAGGUGUAAUAUGAUUGCAAAAUAAAUGCCACGUCAACCUUCUGGCUUAUUAAUCAAUUUUCUUUACUCUCCCAUUGUAAAUUAAUGAGUUCUUUUCUGUUACAGAUUGACUAUACAGGAACAGAGCCUUCUAGUCCCUGCAACAAAUGUUUAAAUGUGUCUUGGGACAGCAAGGUACCUUGUAGCUGCACCAUCAACUUCACACUGGAACAUUCAUUUGAGAGCAAUGUAUUCAUGUAUUAUGGACUUUCCAACUUCUAUCAAAACCAUCGUCGUUAUGUGAAAUCCCGAGAUGACAGCCAGCUAAAUGGAGAUAACAGUUCGUUACUUAAUCCAAGUAAGGAAUGUGAGCCUUACCGCACGAAUGAGGACAAACCCAUUGCUCCUUGUGGAGCUAUUGCCAACAGUAUGUUUAAUGAUACAUUGAAAUUAUACCACAUUGAUAAUGACACAAGAACUGCUAUUCCUUUGAUUAAAAAAGGCAUUGCGUGGUGGACAGAUAAAAAUGUGAAGUUCAGGAAUCCUACAGGAGGUGGAAAUAACUUAACUGUGCUUUUCCAAGGCACAACAAAACCUGUAAACUGGCCUGAGCCAGUGUACAUGCUGGAUUCGGAUCCUGACAACAAUGGCUUUAUCAAUGAAGACUUCAUCGUGUGGAUGCGUACUGCUGCUCUGCCAACGUUUCGCAAGCUGUAUCGUCUCAUUGAAAGGAAGAAUAAUUUACAACCUACCUUGCGGGCUGGAAAAUAUUCUUUGGAAAUCACAUACAAUUAUCCUGUACACAGUUUUGAUGGACGGAAAAGAAUGAUCCUAAGCACCAUCUCGUGGAUGGGAGGCAAAAAUCCCUUUCUGGGAAUUGCUUACAUCACUGUUGGGUCUAUAUGUUUCUUCUUAGGCGUUGUAUUGCUAAUCAUCCAUCACAAAUACGGAAAUCGAAACACUAGUGCAGACAUUCCCAAUUAAUCUUGCAUUCUGAAAACAAACAUACUGCAUGUGCAUCAAGGCCAGUCCAGAAUGGACCCAGUUUUUGAAAGACAAAUCUCUGCUUCUGUCACUUCUGGGACUGGGUACAUAAUUUUUAUCUAAAGCUCCCCUUUCCCAUACUGUGGAUUAAGUCUUGAAAAUGACGGGUAUACAAUUACAUAUAUCGAUUGUAUCUCUGCCUAUGUCAGAAAUGAUUUUUCUGAUAUUUGCCUCUAACCAGGCAGGCCACAUGAUGCACAUAUCUCUUGUUCCCUUGAUGCAUCUGCUGCUUGUUCAUGUGCUGUGUAAUGUUGGUAUGAUUCAGUACAUACAGAUUGUGUGGAGAAAGACUGUUAAAAGAUACUGUAAAUUGUUAACUUUCCGGAAUUCAGGUGUCAGUGCUGUUGAAAGGAAAAGUCAAGUCUUAAAUGUUUUUUCAAUUUACUGUCUUGUGUGCAUGGGCUCUUAUAUUUCUUGCUGAGAUUUUAAUAUAUUUAUAUAAGUUGUUAAAUAUUUUUCCUGUGUCCUACCCACCUCUGUUACGUUAAGUCCUUUAAGUGCUGUGUAAAUUUCAGCACUCUGGAUUCUUUGUAUAUUUACAAUAUAUGUGCCUGGCCAGUAAACUAGCAUCCUACGAAGAUACCAGAAAACCUAUUGGUUAAUUAUCUGUGUGAGACCCUUUUAAAAUUUCUUCUAAAUUGAGAAAUGUUCGUUGCAGGUAGAAUCUGCUUUUUUUCUAAUUUUCUUUGCUUUAAGUCAUAUCCAAUACCAGUUUACCCAUCGUCCUUACUGGUUUUACUUUUUAUGAGCAGCUCCAAGCGAUAAACAAGAAGGACCUAAAAUGCUUUUUCCAUUCACAAAUUGGGUGAAUUCCUUUUACUGGAGGCGUUUCCUAAUUUUUUUGAGGUAUAUGUAUUCUGAGCAGGCUUUGUUGUAAAGGAAUUGUCAUAUUCUUUUCUCCUUACUUGGAGUAAAUACCACAGUAAAUUUUUUGUGGUGUUAAGAUGGUAAACUCUAGAAAUCCAGAAGUUGAGAUGAGAGUAACCUCUUUUCAUUGAAAUGCAGGUUGAGCUUGCUGUGAAACCUAAUUUAAAUAUUGCAAUUAGAAGCAAUGUGAGGGUGUCUUAAAUUACAGAAGGGUUCACUUUUAGUUUAAUUCAAAGUUAACUGUAACCUGUAAAAUAUUACUUUUUGGUGACUUUUUUUUUAGAUGAUGCACAGAAAUUGUAAUGUAUAUGGUGGAGAUCACUAUAUGCAACUAGCUUGAUAAAGUAUUGAGUAUAUUAAAUAAGACCUAAUAAAUUCUGCAGAUGAUUUAAUAAGAGAUUUUAUUUUGUUCUUGAACAUGCAUUUAUUUUCAUCUGGAUGAAAAGACAUAUUAAGUGCAAAUGCAGUUUAAGGGAGUUGUAUUUCUGGGAUUGCAUAUUUGUUACAAGAAGUUGUUUAUUCACGGUCCAAUAGCUUAAUCUAUAGCCAGCUUUAAACAACACAAUUAAUUUGUCACAUAAAACACGUGACCCUUUUUACUGAAUUAGUUGUGUAAUCUUUUUAAGCUAGCAGUUUAAGUGUAUAAAUCUGUAUAAACUGUGGAAUGAGGCAAUGUUUCCAGUGUGCUAGCUUUCUGUAACUCCAUGUAAUAAUUUGUUUACGCAGUACAGUGUGGCAGCACAGGACUUGAAAUAGUCAAAAUACGUUAAGAUUUUAUUUAGUGUUGUAUUUAUAUUGCUGGAAUUAUAGAAUAAGCUACGUACCUUUGUAUAUUGCAAGGCAGGAAACUCGCACAAAAUGUUAAACUGGCUUUCAUCUGUAGAGUAGCUGCUAGUCCAAAAUGUAGUAAGGGGACCUCUCCCAAUUACUGGUUAUUAAAAUAUUUUGAUUUUUAAACUUUGUGUUUGUCACUUGAAAUGCAAAUAUAUUCUGCUUCAUUCAAAAUCUCUAUCUUUUUCCAAGUAGGAAAUGCUGCUUUUUGGGCUGUGUUCAGAAUUAAAACCAAAGUAUUUUUCUGUCUUUACCUUAAAAUAUUGUCCAAUGCCUUACCUUUUUUCUACUGACUAUCGCUGUCUGUGCUCCUUUCAGCUUUUUAAUGAAGUGCACCAGGAUCAGAAUUGCUGUCUGUUUCUUGUUACAAUUAAGCUUUUUCUCGGAGAGCCUGUAGCAGUAAAUACUUGUCAGGCAGUGUGCCUGAGGAGCUUAAAAUGCUUGUAAGAGCUUAAAAUAUUAGGUCAGACUUGUCAACUCUUCCUUCGCUCAUGCUCAUUUGUCUUGAUGUUGCGUUGAUAACUGUGGAGAUGCUUGGAUUUUGUAUUUCUUACAAGCUGCCCAUGUGCCACGUGUUCAAAGGUGAAACCACGGUGUCCCUGUCUGGCACUCCUCAGGGCAGUGUCACUGUCCUGGCAUUCAGUGCUGAAUUUGGAUUUGACCACCUCAUUCUUGAGUGGCAUCCUCCAGAGGUAUUUGCUACCAGGGUUCAGAAAUACAGAGAGCAAUGCUUCUGGUUUCUGAGUGCCAGUCAGGCACUUUCUGAGUCUUACCCGACUGAGGCAGUGCCCAAAGUGUGACAGAUUAUAAGCUUUCUGGAGGCUGCUGCUGUUACAAGGGUCUGCCUAUGAAUGAAUCUUCCCUGGAUAAAGUAGUUUGGGAAACAAGGAUAUGCCCUUGUCGUAUGCAAGAGCUCUCCAAACAAAUUUGCUUGUGUGAGACCAACUUCCUUCUGGUUUCUUGCAAAAAUCUACAUCCUGUAACAAAGCAGAUUGUCACCUCAGGAUUUUUUUUUUUUAAACUGCAUCAGGCUAUUUGGGGAGCUGUCGAUUGUGCUUUGCUGAGUCAGAGGGAAGAGUUAGCAGCUUAUAGCGAAUGUGAAGGAUCGUCCAUAGCCUUUUCCUCCCAAGGUCCUGCUGGUACUGAAACUAGGUUCUCAGCAGCAUGGUUUAAUUACGAAUGUUACACCUUGAAGAAUGCAAGUCUUGCCUUUUUUUAUAGAAAUCUCUGUGGGAGGAAAGGCCAUGACAAUCUAGGGUCAAGUAACAUCUGCAAGCGUGUAUUAUCUGCUUGAAUACAUCAAACAGAGCAAUGAAUGUGGCUGGUGUUUGGGUUGGAUUCGCAGGAGGUGUUUGCAACUCCACCCUUCUCUCAGAUGCCCUACUUGCAGUGGGAAAAUAAGGGUUAUGUCUGUAGACAGACAGAUGUCCACAACUGAGUUGAAGUGAGUGGUGGAAAAAUGACUAAGCCUACAGCAGAAUUUACCUACAGUUACUUUAAAAAAAAAAAAACCAAAAAAAAACCCCAAACAAAC